GCGUGGUUUCUCUCUGGUGCACAAGUGGAAAAAGAGGGCGAGCGCGCCGAGUGAAAGGCCGCACGAUAACUAUAUCAGCAUCAUCAUGCCAAGUCCUAGGAACAGUCCAAAGAGCAUUCGUGAGAGACAGGCUUAUGGAAGUGGGCUAGAGUUCUUGUCAUUGACAAAUCAGAGAGGCCCAAUAUCCCCAGAAAAUAUGUCUCACCAUAAAAACUCUCCUACUAGUACUGGCCCUCAACAGGCUUUACCUGAAGAGGACUGUAUGAAGCUCAAUCCUUCUUUCUGGGAUAUUGCCCUGCAUUCUCUUAUGGCUGUUGAUUUGUGGGCCUCUAAACUACUGGGUGUAUGUGCUGGAGAGAAUUCCCCAUGGGGCAGUGGCCGUCCUCUCAUGAUGGUCAUAGAGGUGUCAGGACAUGGAAUUCCUUGGCUAACUGGUACAUUGUACGGGCUUUACAGAAGUGGCAACUCAGCAGGCCGUGAGGUGCUACUCAAUCUACUUUUUGCUCUGAUUCUUGAUCUAGUUUUGGUGGCAGCAGUAAAAGGACUGGUGAAACGAAGACGUCCAGUCCACAACAAGAUGGAUAUGUUUGCCACUGUCUCUGUGGACAAAUAUUCCUUUCCUUCAGGCCAUGCUACCAGAGCCGCCAUGGUGUGCAGAUUUAUAUUACAUCAUCUUGUACUUGCAGUCCCUCUGAGAGUGCUGGCUGUACUUUGGACCUUCAUAGUGGGAAUCUCUAGGAUCAUGCUUGGCAGACAUAAUGUAACAGAUGUGGUCUUUGGGCUAAUCAUGGGCUACAUGCAAUAUAAUUUGGUGGAAUAUUUCUGGUUGUCACCUGUAAAUGCUCCUGUCCUCUUUGCCUUGUGGAACUGAUGGUUCUUAAGGGAAGAGGGAGAGAGAAGCCUUUGGGGUACGGUUUCACAUUCCUUUAAGCUUCUCCGUGCCAAAAGCUUUUGCAAAGGGAUGGAAGGCCUGAAGCAGCAUGAGAUUGCUCCCCCAAAGCCUUUCUCUGUUUGUAAAAGUUUUUGGUGCAGAAAAGAUAAACCUUUGGGGCCAUGGUCUCAUGCUCUUUCAGACUCACAAAGGCUGUUAGAUGCCCCCAAAAUGGAUCAGGUGUCCUACACAGGCAGCCUCAGUAAGUCACACUCAGUCUC